ACCAUUCUUCGAAACCACAACCUUGAAUGCACGUCACCAACCUUUCUACCAAUCAUGGCUCCCAAAAAAGCCCAAAGUUACUCUCGCACCACCCUCAAUGACCUCAUCGCUCUGGCCUCAUCUCGCGGCCUCGACACCCACGGCACUAAGAUCGAGGUGACCGCCCGCCUCGUCAAGCAAGACCAAGAGCAAGAGCAAGAGAACAUGCGUUCCCGAGUUAACACCAACGCCGCUUCUGUCUCCGCCGCUAUGUACGCUCCUCCCACGAGCAGCAAAAGCUCCCAUCAAGAGCCUUGCGCCUCAACGCAGCGCGCCCGAACGCAACGCGCCCGGAAAGCCCGCAAAGCCCGCAAAGCCCCCGCCAACAACGCCAACCAAGACUCUCAGAGCAGCAGCAGCAGCAGCAGCAGCACGGUAACCCAGAACACUCAAUCGGAUCCAACAGCAGACCAGGCUUACAUCAAUCACGUCAAGGCCGUUGAAGACCCGCCUACUACCAAAACCAUCAAACCGGCCAAUCUCACUACUGCCCACUUCCCUUUAUAUCCCGCCUUCCCGAUCACUAUCGACAUCAGUCAGAAUAGGCUGGUUACCAUCACGCCUACUCUCACCACUACCCUUAGUAUCCCUGCUAAGCAUAACGAACUAGGUCGAGACGGGCUUGAGAGCAUGAGAGCAUGAGAGCAUGGCUCUUAUGGGUUCUGUUGUUCUUGUUCGCUGCUGCCGUCGUAUUCUCUUAUGGUUACUAGCUUUGCUUGAGGUUUCUGGGAUCUCUGAUUGUGGGAUCUUGUGGUGAAGGAGGGUGUGAUUUUUCUUCUC